UCGACUCUUCUCACUCACACAGAGGCUCUUCUGAUUCCAAAUCUUCAAUUCAAUUUUUAAUUCCCAGUAAAAGAAAGACACAGGGAGAGAGAUUCAAAAAGAAGAGUGUGCGCGUGCGCAUGAGAUUGAGAUAGAUCGGUAAGCUUGGUGGUGGAAGUUAUGGAUAGCACCGAUUCAUCCUCAGGGUGUCUUCAUCCUCAGCUUCCUCCUGGUUUCCGAUUCCAUCCCACCGACGAAGAGCUCGUCGUUCACUACCUGAAGAGGAAAGCCGCCUCUGCUCCGCUUCCCGUCUCCAUCAUCGCCGACGUCGAUCUGUACAAGUUCGACCCCUGGGAGCUUCCAAGUAAGGCAGCGUUUGGGGAGCAAGAGUGGUACUUCUUCAGCCCGAGAGAUCGGAAGUAUCCGAAUGGAGCAAGGCCAAACAGGGCAGCUACUUCAGGAUAUUGGAAAGCUACCGGAACGGACAAGCCUAUAUUGUCGUCGGACGGACGAAACCAGAAGGUCGGCGUGAAGAAAGCUCUGGUUUUCUACGGCGGCAAGCCUCCAAAAGGCGUUAAAACCAAUUGGAUCAUGCACGAGUAUAGGCUCACUGAUAGCAAUUCUUACAAUAAUAAUUCUAUCCCUAAGCUUCCUCCAAUGGCUUCCGAUAGUCCUCCGUCUCAAUCUAACAAGAAAAACUCCUUAAGGCUUGACAAUUGGGUUUUGUGUCGAAUAUACAAGAAAAGCAACAGUAAUGUGAACACCACUCUGCAGAGGCCGCCAUUGAUGGAGCAGGAGAGGGAGAUUUCUAUGGAGGCUAUGCUUCCCACCAUCUCGACUUUAUCAAUGGCUAAUACUGGUAACGCCAAUCCUUCAUUAGGACUUGAGAAUGAUGACAACUUCUUCGAUGGAAUUCUCGGCGGCGGCGAUUCUAAUGAUCAUCACUUGCUGUCUUCAAACUCAUCAAGAUCUAGCAGUUUCCUUCCAGUGAAACGACCCCUUCCGUCGCCGUUUGGGUCUCCGUCAGGGUCUUCUUCGUCGAACAAGAGAUUCCACGGUGAUCUUAACGGCACCGGUGGGAUCAGUAAUACUUCAGCAGAUGAGAACAGCUCCUUCAUUUCUCUGCUGAGCCAGCUUCCUCCUCCUCAUCAGAGUAGGACGACGUUUCACCACCCUAAUGCCCUUCUCGGCGAUGGUGUCUUGAGACAGCAGUUUCAACUUCCGAGCCUGAAUUGGACCUCAUAGUGUGCUUUUGAUUACAGGGAGCCGCCAUUAAUGUAGGUAUGUUUCAUGCAGAUCUUAAUAAUUAGUUCUUCUUUUCCCUGUAAACAUAUAUAUGACAUACAAGAAGGAAGAGACGUCUCUAUAGAUAUAAGCUUAUAUAA